CUAAUCCAGUAACCUAGAUCUGGAUAUUUAACGUCAGAAUUGUGAUGUUUUGUUAACGGUCAGGUUGAGUGAAUGGACAUCAUCAUUUUGUAAUGCACAUUAGCUCUUUAACGUGUUCGAUAAUACCUCGAUUAUUGUACAUACUGCCAUUGUGAUUGUUCUUUAUCGAUUUAAUUGUGGUCCUUACGAGAAUAUUGUGGUUAGGAAAUUUGUUUGGUGUCAUUUUGGAUAAUACCUAAUAAUGCUUCGAAGAAAUUAUUAACAAUAUAUAAAAACAACAUGGGGCAAGGAAGGAGCCAGUUUACAGAAGAAGAGUUACAGGACUAUCAAGACUUGACAUAUUUCACCAAGAAAGAAGUUCUGUAUGCACAUCAUAAAUUCAAAGCUCUUGCACCAGAGAAAGUGGGGCACAACAAAAAUGCCAAACUGCCUAUGGCAAAGAUACUCCAGUAUCCUGAACUACAUGUGAAUCCAUUUGGAGACAGAAUCUGCCAUAUAUUUAGUUCAAGCCAUGAUGGAGAUUGUACUUUCGAAGACUUCCUAGAUAUGAUGUCAGUGUUCAGUGAGGGAGCACCAAAAGCUGUGAAAGCAGAACAUGCUUUUCGAAUCUUUGAUUUUGAUGGAGAUGAUAUGCUGGGGGUAACAGAUCUCAGACAAGUGGUAAACCGUCUGACUGGUCAGCAGCGUCUAAGUGAACAGGACAUGCAGCAUCUUAUACAGAAUAUAUUAGAUGAAGCAGAUUUAGAUGAUGAUGGAGCACUCUCUUUUGCAGAAUUUGAACAUAUUAUUUCUAAAUCCUCAGAUUUUGCUAAUUGUGGUACACACAUCUCGCACCAUCAAAAUACAAGUUCAAGAACACACAAAAAUCAUACAAUGUUGCAACAUGGACAUCGUAGCUGAGUGCUUUCAGAAUCCGUCUGUAAUAAACCUCCAUAAAAACAGUAUGACCUAAUGUGUUUAUUGCUCAAAGGAAAUGUCCAUUUGAUAUUGGAGUAAUCGAACAGAAGACUGUAAAAUACUUUAGUUAUUAUUAUAUUAGAUGCCUAGUGUAAUAAGUUUUAAUCCUUAAAGCACAGCAUAAAUGUAGCAAUCAUUUUGUGAUAUGUACCUUUUUAUAUAUUUAGUAUAGUUUAAACCAGUAGUAUACCAAAGAUAAUUCACAGUUACCCUGAAAUGGGAAUUAUGUUGCUCUCUCAUUACAGUUCUUGAUUUCAUAAAUAUUUUUACUGAACAUUAACUAAUUUUCUUGGCCCAUUCUCUCAUUAGAUAGACAUCUGCUGACAAUUUUAAUAUGUGGGUACUGCACACUUUAUUUUUCUUAGUAAUCGUAAUACGUAUGUAUCAUAUUGUCCAUCUGCAUUCUCAAAAUGAUACUGACUGUGAGUAUGUAGAAAAUACUUAUCAGUUACCAGUCUGUCAAUAUGUGUGAGAGAACAAUGUGACUAGUCAUCACAUACAUGUGAUAUGUGAAAGAAAAUGAUGAGCUCAAAGGAAGAAGAGAGACUGAUCUGAAGUAGACUAUGGUGGGUCACAAAAUUAUGCUGAUAAUGUACAUGGCAUAUAAUAUAUUAAAUAUGCAAUAAACAUCCUUUCACACAUAUAUAUCUAUUUCCUGUAUUGCUUGCUUAUCAAUGUGAUAGCCACAUUUGUGUUACAUUUAUCAUUGGAGAUAAACCGUGCACACCUGUGGAAGCCUGUAUCACAAGAUAUGACUUGAAAUGAAUGAUUUAGCAUUUGUACUUCCUUUAAUUCAGAUCACAGUUGUAUCUUAUAAAUAAAGCUCAUGGAAGUGUGGUAUGUACCAUGAAUUUAAUAUCUCAUGUCUAAACAUUUUUGGUGGGUGACCAGCUUAAGAAGCCACAGGCCUGCAUGUAUCAUAUGGGGGUGAUUAACCCCUUCCCUGAUUUUUUCCCCCUAUUUCAUGUUUGGAAUAUACUGACAAAAAUGGAAUUAUUGAUGUGUUUUGAUGGUAAAUAAUCAUAGUGUACAAAAUGUAGUUUAUAUAACUAAUGAUUAUUAUCCUGAGUUAUCUUCUGUUACUUUCCAUCGUUAUUAAAAAUUGACUUCAUCACAAGACACAAAUCACUGCAGCUAGCACAGGAACUUAUGACAGAAGCAUAAAAGUCCUAUUUACAUGCAAUCUAGCAUAAAAGUAUAUAAAUGCACAUUGCUUAUGAAAGUGCAGCAGUGCAUCAUUUACUGAUGUCUAGAGUUGAUACAUAUAUGUACAACCUGAAUUAACUUUUAUUAAUAAUGGGACAGAAGAAAUACUGUCCUCAAGUAACUUUGGUUAAUAUUUUAUUGCAAAAAUGAUGAACCUCAGAUAUUUCAGGAUAAUUGGGGAACUGGUUAAGGAACUGUCGCAGGCAUCUAGUAACCUAAUAAGCAUAAGAGAUCACUGUCUGUUGUUUGUUUUAAACCAUAUGUCAACUGUGUGUUUAUAUAAAUGUAUCAAUAAAACUACUGCUCCAUC